AUGGUCUCAAGUUCGCCAAUUAUGUGUAUUGCAGGUUGUGCUAUUUAUAACAGUUCUAUAGCAUCUCCGGUAACUGCCAUCACUCUCUGUGCUUUCAUAUACCCUUGGCUCAGCAGAAAGGGGGCCUUUAUCGGGUUAUCGGCUGGCUUACUUUUUUUAAUCUCGAUGACAGCAAUGCGUUUCAAUAAUGUUUGGAUUUAUGCAGUUGAUUCCAGUAGCAAUGGAACAGGAUUAUCGGAAAAUUAUACAAAUACUGAAGCUUAUUUGACCAUGAACGGCUCGUCAUUGAUUUCUGCAGUCUCUCAAGAUUUGGCUUCUGAAGCUGCAGAAGGCUCAGUUGUUGGCGAUUUUAGCCUAUUGUCUACUGACUCUACUUUUCGUAGUGAUACGAUUUAUGUUGACAGUCUACCAACAUUAUUUCUUCCUAUUGCAGCAUUUAUGGUGACAAUUGGCAGCGCAGUUGGAAUGUCGGUUUGCACAAAAGAUGAAAAAUCUGAUGGUUUUGACGCUAAACUGUUGAUUAAUUCGUUCUUAAUUAAAGCUUUUUCACCACGACGAAUGUCACCGGCUGGAAUCAGAAAAGCAUUUGUUGAAUCGGAAUCAUUCCGGUAUUCACAACAAAGAAUUGAGCCGAUUGCAAUUUGCAGUGAAGUGCGAGGAUCGUCGGCACGAUAG